AUGCCAGCCGUACAGAGCGGUUGGAUGCACGGCGACGAAGCAACCGGGAGCGCGACCAGAUCCGAGCCCAACCCCAAGGCCAGCGCAGGUAUUAAGCGUACCAUGGACGACGUCGAGUUGACCAGGACCACCCUCCUCACCGACAAGGAUUUUGAUCCGAGAAAGUACCCUGACCCUCUGAAACCUCGGAGGAACAACAACGUGACACAGAACGUGGGGGCGGCGGCGGCGACGACGACGACGACGACGACGACGACGACGACGACGACAAUCGAGAUGGAGAAGGGGUGGUUAGACAAGAUUCGCAAGGCCAGACGAGAUGUAAUACACAAGUACUAA